AUGGAUGGCGUUGCAACCCGGGACAGAAAACCAUCCAGUCUUACAGGGAUUAUGGGGAGACAAACAUGCCACCAUGUCGAACAGGAUACUGAAAUACUGGAACAAUUAUUGGAGGUACAUUUUGAGGGGUUGAAUCAACCUGUCGAGCCGCCUAAAGUUGACCCGUCGAAAUUCUGCGACGACAUCUGUGGAUGGCUUCCAGACCCCAACGUGCAAUUCAGAAGACCGGAAAAACUUAAAAACAACUCUACAGUACGGCCGAUCUCCUGUAGAAAGCCACGGCAGGUGAGCAAUCGUGAGAAUUUUCAGUUUAUUCACCACAGCGACUCAAAAAGAUACAUUGAACAGUACAGGAGGCUACAUACGUGUGGCGGUCCUCUGGAGAAACUAACACAGGACACACAGGGAAAGGACACUUCGAUAUAUUAUACGCCGUUGGAUCAACACCGCGAGACAAAUGGGAACACAAACAGUUAUAAACACAGUCACAAGACGCAUACCCCAACCGUGAACAGGGCGCCUUUAAACUAUGUUGCUACUCCAAGGGAUAUAGCUCCCUUUGACUGCCUAGUCAAGCCGUCUGUGACUCAGUACAAACCUAUGUACAAUAUUCAAUCUAGUAGUCCACAUGAAGCUGACACUGGGACAGGCAACAACAAUAACAACAACAGUGACAGCGGCACCAGUCGAAGCAGCUCUUCUGAAACGUCGUGCAAGUGUGCCUAUAUUAACAGUAAUGGUAUGGUGUUCUCUUUGCCUAAGCCCAGGCUUUACGUGGCACCUAAAUCUCCCUCGGGCAUCAACGUAAGUGCACCCCCUGGCGGGUUAGGUCGAUCGCCUCAUCGACAGUCACCACCGAAUGGAUUUUCAUUCGAUAGAAACAUUGGAAAACUCACUUCUACUGUUGGACGUACACUGACUGAGAAAUUGCUGGAGAAUGCCGAAAAUAGUCGCGGUAGUAGUAAAGACAUGACUGCGACUGGUUACAAUAUUAUGACGGUAGACAAGAAGAUGUGGUUUGAUACAAACACUGGAAAAGCUUACAUGAGCUUGUCAACCCGAUACAUGCCAACAAGGAAAUGGUAACCAUGGUAACGAAUUGUGACUGUUCUAUCCGAACGUUCAUUGACCAUUUGGAGAAAUUCACUCAUCAGCAAUGUGCAAUGAGACUGUAUACUGAUGAACAUGCUGAUUUACGCCCGCCCUCCAGGUGCACGCCCGUCCCUCUAAUGAGACCAGGAAGUUUACGUAAGGUCAUCCCGCCAUCAAUGGAGUCGUUGACUCGAUCUCAGGAACUAGAAAUCUUACGCGUAGCCCAAGGCAGGUCAAGGCCUCUGCGGUUGGACGACCACCAGCCUACGAAAUGUGGGCUGCUGAUCGGCAAAAAACGGAACAACGAGCCCGCGACAGACAGUUGCAAACCAAGGGAACAGUAUACAAACAAGUAUUGGCACCAAAAGUUAACGGGCCGAGUCGAGUCUUUUGCGCAAAGGGUGGCGGCUGGAAAACGUAUACUAACCGCCACGCAGGUUCCAAACAUUUCUGUUCGACGUUGCCGCCCGAGAUGUGGCAAGCGACGUCGGAACACUUAACAGUCUCCGAGUUGUUCAGGGAGGAGGUCCGGAUGAGAUGGGAAGAAAGUCUCAAACAAAUGAACCCUCAUCACAAAGUUAGGCGAAAACGUAGGAAGUCAGGCAA